GUGUGCAACACCUGUCCAGCGGUGAAGCUUCGUCACUUUUCAGGCUUUGUUCGCUAACUUUAUGUCGGAUGCUGUGGAGAAGAGACUCCGACUGAUGCAGACUGAGGAGGGCAGUUCGACGGGAGCGAGUCAAGCGGGGUGGUUUCUCAUGAAAGCCAAAGUCGCCCUGGCAGUGGCUGUAAUAAAAAACAAGCCCCCAGGUAUGAGUGGCCGAGCGUACGCUGAGGCUUUGGCCUGCAAGCUGAAGAGCCAGGAUGAAAGCUGGAAGGAAAAAGCCCAGCGGCUGCAGCAGGAGGUGCUGAGGCUGCAACAGGAGAUGCUCAUCACCAAGGUGACGUCAAAGAGCAACACGGAGGCAGGAGAUGAUGACAACAAAAUGGACGACGCUUCGCAGGAUUUGUUUGGUCCAGGAAGUGAAGUAUACAGUGCAGAACCAGACUGUGGCUCAGAGACUCCUGAACUCCUGCAGCUGCCUCCUGAUCGCGCCAUCACUUUGCCUGCACCGCCGGCGCAUCCUUCCAGUUUCCACGGAAGUCCUCAGGGAGACACAUUGUUUCCUCAUGUGAAGUUCCUCCAGUCGCUGUGCGCUCUGCAUCGAGUAGAAGGCAACAACAGAGGUCUGGAGGCUCUGUGGUUCAGCCCAGGUGGUGAUGCAGGAUGCGUGCUGAUGGACACUGUGUGCCAGCUCCUUGAAUCCGUGGUGGUGGCCUGCAAGGAUCCCCCUGCACUGGGACCUCGUGACCUCGUCCUGCAGGCCUGUCAGACCGCUGCCCGAGCAAUGGACCUGUACUGCUCUCAGAGGCUGCCAUCUGUUGAGUUCAUGAGACGUGUGGAAGAGCCACUGAAGGAGCUGACUCGGACGUUGCUGCACAGGAAUCAGCCCAGCAGGCUCCAGGCUGCAGAGAAGCUGAUGGAGUGCCUGAUCGCGCUGGGGAGCAGCAGCAUGUCAAAGUCCUUUCUCAUUCGUCACAUCCUCUCUGAGAUCAGCGCUCUGGCCGAUCAGCUCUGGCAGGCCUUCCAGGCGCAGGAGGACAGCUCAGGGCUUGACAAGUUUCCUGUGGACCAGUAUCAGAACUCGUGCCACCUGUUCUGGAUCCUGGAGGCGCUCCUACAGAAAUCAAAGGUAGCGUGCAGGGUGGAGGUGGGAUCGGAGCAGAUGGUCUUCCUGAGUCACUUGGAACAGCGAGUCUUUCUUUUGUCAGAUGAGUUUCCAUUGUUUUCCAUCUGCAUGUGGAGGAUAGGAGGUCUACUCGCGUCUUUAGAGAGAAACGAUGCACCCAAGUGAGUGUGGGACUGAAACAGCCGACUGACUAGCAUCUGUAGAACAUGGAGCUGUGGUUAGGUGUGUUUAGAACUAUCACAGUGACAAAGAGAGUAUAAUCUUCAAAUUUAAUGCAGUAGCUGCUCUUGAUUUGAAUAAUUAACAUUUGUUUUGUAGCCUUCUGUGCAUGUAUUUCUUCAACUACACUUGGUGUGUGCUAGGAAAACAAUCACACAUCGUAUUUCUGAGCUGUCAGCUGUUGUUAAAUAGCUUGUGCAGUAAAUAUUUGUUGCAGUGUCAUCUAUCAGUUCAUCAUCUCAGAAGCAUUGUUUCAGUGCUGGAUUAUUCGAGGAAUGAUUCACCUUUUCUGCUGUUUUCUUAGCACCAUCUGUCCUUUAGAUUACAUUCCUGCUGCCGUUUGUUGGAUCUGAACUAAGCAGCUUCUUUAAAAAAAAAAAAAUUGUACUUUUAAAAGUCUUCAGUAGCAGUUUAUGUCCAUGUAAAUGUUUGCAAAUUUGAUCAUUCAGGUGGUAGGUGUGGCUAAAAGAGCUUAUGUAGAUCUUAAUAUUUAUAUAUAAUUACAUGUAGAUAUGAUCUACAUAGAAGUCCUCCAGUUUUAUGUAUUUCUUUUGUUGUCAACAAAUCCCACAACAAGGUCAAAGCAACAAUGAAUGUAUCCUAAGUACUGUGUGUCUGUCAUUUUGUCACAUUAA